AUGUGGGUUAUAUCCAAUAAGAAUUUCGUCAAAGAAAAGACAAUUGUAAAUGCUGAUCUUCCGUCGUUAAAACAUUUAUUGAUUAUACAAUAUUUAGUUGACAAGCGUAUUUAUCGUUUUGCAUCGGAAGCACGUGAAUAUCUAAAACCGAUAUUGAGUGGAUUACGUACCAACCUUACACCGUUGGAUAUAACCACAACAAUAGCAAAAAAUAAAAGAACAUCAGUAUUUGAAAGACGUGCUGCGGAUUUAAUAGAACAUAUUAGUUGUGUUUUUCAAAAUAUUUUUGAUAUUACUGAAAUUUAUGACGCAACACCUAUUAUUAAAUUCGGCGAAAUAACAAGACAAAAUUUAACUGAUAUACAAAUAGCUAUUAGAAAUAAACAAGAUCUUGCAACACAAUCACAGACAGCAAACUGUGAUGAUAUAAUAUAUCUGAAAGAACUGGAUAAAAUAGUAAUUAAUUCAGUAAAACAACCGUCAAACUAUUUAUGA